ACUGUCUGCCACAGAAGCUUGCUGUCGUCAUAUCUCUAUCUCGUAGUAAUGUAAUGUAGUUACUUACUUACCCCCACGUCGUGCCCGCUACGUGGGAGAGAUUUAAACAGUUUCGUGAUUCCCACUCGUCUUCUUCUACUUGCCACUACUACUUGCCCCUUCGUUCUGCCGACGAGGGAUCAUCGAACUCUCUUCUGCGCAAAAAAAAAAAAAAAAGAAGAAGAAGGCUUUUUAAGAAACUAUCCUCUCCAGCAGCCCAUUAUCCCUCAUUGUCAUUUCUGAAUAGCCCUUUAGCACCAUCCAUUCUCCCUCCCUUGAUCCAUCCAAGCCAUAAAUAAAACAUGGCAUCCGCAAAGCAGGUCGUCCUGACCGACAAGGCCCCCGCGCCUAUCCCCGUGCUGUCUCAGGGCAUUGUUCACAACGGAAUCGUAUACUGCUCUGGCCAGGUGGGAAUGGACCCGGCCACGGGCAAGCUGGUUGAGGGUACAGUUCAGGAUAGAACCGCACAAAUAUUCCGCAACCUGAGCGCUGUGCUGGAGAAAGCUGGCUCCAGCCUGGAGAAGGCCAUCAAGGUCAACGUCUUCCUUGCCAACAUGGAAGACUUUGCCGCCAUGAAUGAAAUCUAUGCCCAGUUCCUGAGCCAAGAGCCUAAGCCUGUGCGAACCUGUGUGGCUGUUAAGGCACUCCCGCUGGGCACGGAUGUUGAAAUAGAGUGCUCUGCCUACAUAUAAAAUGUGAACGUUUUCCUUUUCUUUUCUUUCUUUUUUCUUUCUUUCACAGCGGGGGAAGAAAAGAAAAAAAAGAAAAGAAGAAACGGAAGAGGAAAGAAAAAAAGAAAUAUGAGAUCACACGACCAUAUGUUUGUUUGGGAAUUAUUAAUAAUAAUAGUUUCAAUAAUCUGCAGUGCGCAAAAUGCUUCUGUACCUAGUCAAGUGCUUUUUUUUUUUACUUGUUUGAAUAACUUCAUACGCUGUACUCCGUACUUACUCAUGCUAUCAUGUCUCUAGGAAGGGAGGGAGAAGUUGGAAGCAGCGAGGAAAAAAAGGAGAGGGAAAGCUCCCGUGUUCAAACACGAGGGGAACUCGGCGACUAGUUAGUUAGCUGCAGCUUCAAACGUCUUCAACGUCUUUUAACGUCUUCAACACAUAAAAAUAACAACACACAAUCAAAAUCAAUUGGCAGUUCUAAAAGAUGUCCGGUCCAGAACUUAUUUUUCCUUCCAAGGAUUCUCCAUGUAUUCCUCCAUUCCUCCUCUGAACUCUUGAAUAUGUCAUGCAGCUCCCAUUCUAUUCUCCCCUUCUCCCCCCGCACUGCCCAUGCCCUGAACAAAUGAGUGGUUAUUAUUCCCCAUCAUUCAUC